UUCAGAACAACCUUCAAAGCCACACCCCAAAGGCCUAAGACUAGCACAUCAAAUAGAAAUAAAGGCGUUGAAACACUGCGUUUCAAUGGCUCCCGUUUACAACUCCUCGUGUCCGAUGGUUUCCAGUGACGAGUCCCCGGCUCAGGGUAUCGGGGCAACCCAUGUCGAUGGGGCAGCACAUGAUAGACAAGGUUGCAUCCGUGAUGUAGUCUUUGACUUCAGUGAAGCAGAUUAGCCAGCACGUCUGCACCUUUGCGUUGUAUAGUCAUGACAUGAGUCGUCAGAUUGAGACUCAACACUCUAUUACCAGGCUAAACCAGGACUUUCUCCAGUGCGCUGUUUAUGAUUCUGAUGACUGCAAAGCCCGCCUCAUUGGAGUUGAACAUAUAAUAUUCGAUCGACUGUUUGAAACUCUGCCUCAAGAGCAGCAAAAGCUUUGGCAUUCCCAUGCUUACGAGAUCAAAUCAGGCCUCUGGGUUAAUCCCAGGAUUCCAGAAAUGAUAAGGAAACCUGAACUGGAUAAUUUGACUAAGACCUAUGGCAAGUUUUGGUGCACAUGGCAGGUUGACAGAGGUGACAGGCUUCCAGUGGGUGCACCAGCAUUGAUGAUGUCUCCCCAGGGAGUGAAAUUGGGCAAGAUCGACCCGGAGCUAGUCAGGAAGAGGGAUGACAAGUACAACAUCUCCACGGAAGCACUGCAGGGAUCAACGUUGGAGAUUGAAGAACCGGGAUGCAUCAAUCCACAGGCGGACUACUGGAAACAGCAUGGUAAAGGUAUUGCUAUCCACAUUGAGUCAACCAAAAUGAAGUUGAGAGCACCCUUCCCUUGAACAAACCAUACCAACGGGAGACUAGCUACGGGGAUUUGCGUACUUGGGUUGUGGUAAAAUUGUGGAACUUCUCUACCACAGAGAGCUAGUUUUUCAAUAAACAGUAUAAAUGGUGUGUAGUCUGAAUUGUUACUUUUCAAUAACUUAAGUACUAUAUUUAUGCCAAAUUCAAGUUGCACCUUUAAAUUUGGUUCCAAACUUAAUACCAAA